UGUAUAGAUUAUAGAAAAUUAUCAUAUCACUUAAUUCGAUGACCCUUGGGAGUAGUUUUGUUUCAAUUUCGAGAUUUAAUUCAAUGAGAAUGAUAGGAAGUGGCAGAUAGAGCAUAAAUGUGCAAACACCACUAUCAUCAGUUCAUCAAACAGCACAAGCCACAGUCGAGAGUAAGAGAACCUUUUCAGUGUUUACACGGCUUCAAACCGCCACUUGUUUUAUUCUCUAUCUCUCGACGCCACCGCCACAAUCAGCAUGCCACCCCAACAACCCCUCCUGGAGCCAGAAGAGGACACGGCCUACGACUCCUCCGAGAAGGUGGUGGUGGCGGUGGGAGUGGAGGAUGAGUACGGCGAUGACGUGGAGGCGCCGCCCUUCUCGUGGAAGAAACUGUGGCUGUUCACUGGGCCGGGGUUCUUGAUGAGCAUAGCGUUUCUUGACCCAGGGAACUUGGAGGGGGAUCUUCAGUCGGGUGCGAUUGCAGGAUACUCGCUGCUCUGGCUGCUCAUGUGGGCCACCCUAAUGGGCCUUCUGAUUCAGCUGCUUUCGGCCAGGCUCGGGGUGGCCACAGGGCGGCACCUGGCUGAGCUGUGCAGGGAGGAGUACCCGCCAUGGGCCAGGAUUGUGUUGUGGCUCAUGACUGAGUUGGCUCUUAUUGGCUCCGACAUACAAGAGGUUAUUGGCAGCGCUAUUGCUAUCCGGAUUCUCAGUAACGGAUUUGUUCCUCUAUGGGCUGGUGUCGUCAUUACUGCUCUUGAUUGUUUUAUUUUUCUAUUUCUCGAGAACUAUGGUGUGAGGAAAUUGGAGGCAUUUUUUGCUGUUCUGAUUGGCAUAAUGGCGCUCUCAUUUGCAUGGAUGUUCGGUGAAGCAAAACCCAAUGGGGUUGAUGUUCUUCUUGGUGUUUUGGUUCCUAAACUUAGCUCCAGAACUAUAAAGCAAGCUGUUGGAGUUGUUGGUUGCAUCAUUAUGCCUCACAACGUGUUCUUGCAUUCCGCUCUCGUUCAGUCAAGGCAGAUUGAUCAAACCAAGAAAGGCCGCGUUCAAGAAGCUCUUAAUUACUACUCCAUAGAGUCCACCUUGGCCCUUGCAGUCUCUUUCAUCAUCAAUAUUUUCGUCACGACUGUGUUUGCCAAGGGCUUUUACGGUACCGAAAUAGCCGAUAGUAUUGGCCUUGUAAAUGCAGGGACUUAUCUUCAGGAGAAGUAUGGGGGUGGAUUAUUCCCAAUCCUAUAUAUAUGGGGCAUUGGUUUGUUAGCAGCAGGGCAAAGUAGCACUAUAACUGGUACAUAUGCUGGGCAAUUCAUCAUGGGAGGUUUUCUCAAUUUAAGGCUGAAGAAAUGGGUGAGGGCGUUAAUUACCCGAUGCUGCGCAAUCAUCCCAACCAUGAUAGUCGCUCUUAUCUUUGAUACCUCGGAGGAAUCUUUAGAUAUCCUGAAUGAAUGGCUAAAUGUUCUUCAGUCAGUUCAAAUCCCAUUUGCUCUUAUUCCCUUGCUUUGCUUGGUGUCCAAGGAACAGAUAAUGGGCACUUUCAGAAUUGGUCCUGUCCUCAAGAUUUUUUCUUGGCUGGUGGCUGCUCUGGUGAUAGUGAUCAAUGGCUAUCUUUUGCUAGACUUCUUCUCCUCUGAAGUGAAUGGAGCAGUGUUUGCCGUUGUAGUGUGUGCACUAACAGCUGCUUAUGUUGCAUUUGUAAUAUACCUUAUUGCGCGUGCUGUUUCCUUUUCGCCUUGGCAAAGUUUAGAUCGAUCAAAGGCAACUAGCACAGAGAACUGAGCAUUAAUCCUUGUUCCUUCAGACCAUGGAUGCCGCUCAAGACUUUCAAUGGAUACUCUAUUCACACACUAGCUAGUUUUUUCGUUUAAGCAAGGGGCUCUGGUUCCUUAUUUGCUAUCUGUGCAUCAGUUACACAAGUCUAAAUAGAUGUUCCUGUUGUAUUAUUAUUAAUAUUAUUAAUGAAACUAUGAUGUUCAAA